AUGCAUUCAAUCAUACUCAAAGCAGCCGUGGCUCUACUUGGAGUCUCAACUGCAGCGGGCUUUUCAUAUCAGAACAGUCGGCUCUGCCUAAAGCUACUAGCACAAGGUGUGGAGGUUGAUUUACCCAACUCGACUGACUAUGAAACCGAACAACAAAACUACUGGUCGACAGCGUGCACCGCCCUCCGCCCUGACUGCAUUAUAGCUCCAAAGAAUGCCCGGGAUAUGUCAAGAGCUAUUGCUGCUAUCCAAGAAUCGAAAACAACUCGUUUUGCUAUAAAGUCUGGUGGACACUCGCCCAACCAGCUUUUCUCCAGUAUACACGACGGAGUGUUGAUUUCAACCCGGAAACCCUUAUGUAUAAUACCGAUUGCUCGGGACUAA